AUGCAAAGAGAUAGAUUGGUCUUACGUUUCUUCAAUACUGCUAGUUCCAAGGAAAUUCAAGAUAUCACGGGUUGUAAAGCAGCCACUGCCGAUAUGGUAAUUGAACAAUUGAGACCGUUUGAUGAUAUUGAAAAUUUGGAAGACAAACUUAGAGCUACUAAAGGAACAAGCGCCAAGUACAUUACUUCGUGCAGAGAGAUGAUGGAUGGCUAUACUGCUGUGGACCAAAUUAUUGAGAAGAUUGAAAAUAUGGGUGGUAAAUUACGCAACAUUUUAAAUAUAUGGCAAGGUCUGGCGGUUGAUAGUGUACCGGAAAGUCUUGGAGGUACGCCUGCUGGCAGUGAUGACGACGAGCCAGAUGAAAAGGCGGGUACUCAUUUGAUGCAUUUGGAUAUCAAUCCUACCGUUGAUAAAUCCAGUCCCGAAUAUAAGGAUGCUAUCGAAGGGUAUCUUUCAGAACAGCCCAAAUAUGUCAACAAGGAAAUGACGUUAAAGGAUUAUCAAAUUUUGGGUGUCAAUUGGAUGUUGUUAUUGUAUAGAAAGAACAUCUCUGGUAUUUUGGCUGAUGAAAUGGGUUUGGGUAAGACAGCUCAAGUCAUUGCUUUUCUUGGAAGAUUAUACGAGAUGGGAGAAAAUGGUCCUCAUCUGGUUAUCGUUCCUUCAUCCACUAUUGAAAAUUGGCUCCGUGAGUUUGAAAGAUUCUGCCCUGAAUUGACAGUCCGUUUAUAUCAUGGAAGCAUUAAGGAACGUGAAGAGCAGCGCUACGAACUAAUGGAGGAUAAAGGGGAAUACCAAGUGGUUGUAACAACGUAUAAUAUUGCUACCAGUAAUGCAGAAGACAGAUCCUUUUUAAAGAAAUUGAAAUGUCGUUCCAUGAUUUUGGAUGAAGGCCACAUGAUUAAGAACUGUACCAGUGCUCGCUACAAAUACCUGAUGAAGAUUUCGGUGCCAUUCCGACUAUUAUUGACUGGUACACCACUCCAAAAUAACCUGCAAGAACUCGUAUCGCUCUUAAUUUUUAUCAUGCCUGAAACCUUUGCAGCUUAUGAGGAAGAAGUGAGAUCAAUUUUCAAGAUUCGUUUGAAUGGGCCAUCCAAAGAGGACAAGAGUCAAGCAGGAAAGGGCACAGAAACCGCUGUUCAAGUGCUUUCAAGAGAGCGUAUUAUUCGGGCCAAGAGAAUGAUGACGCCGUUUGUAUUACGUCGUAAGAAGGAAGACGUUCUCAAAGAUUUGCCCUCUAAACGUCAAAUCGUUGAAAUCUGUAAAAUGACACCCAAUCAAAAACAAUUGUAUUCGGAUAUCAUUCUCAAGAGUAAAAAGUCAUUAGAGAAUCAAGUUGUGACAAAGAAGAAGUCUGCCAUGGAUUCACAAUUUGAGAGCAUGUCAAAUAUUAUUGUCCAUUUAAGGAAGGCUGCCGAUCACCCACUCUUGUUCAGAAAAAUUUAUACGGAUGAUCUCUUAAGACAAAUGUCCAAGGAAAUUAUGCGUGAUGUCAAAUAUUGGGAUGCUAACGAAGAGUAUAUCUACGAAGAUAUGACCGUAAUGUCUGAUUUUGAGUUGAAUAGACUUUGUAAAGAUAACAAGACAAUUACUCAACAUCAAUUAAAGAACAAUGAAUGGAUGGAUUCAGGAAAGAUUGAGAAAUUAAAGACAAUAUUACCAGAAUGUAAAGCUAGAAAGGAAAAGGUUUUGAUCUUUAGUCAGUUCACUAGAAUGUUGGAUAUACUCGAGCUCGUCAUGACAACACUCAAUGUAUCCUUUGUCCGAUUGGAUGGCGAAACCAAGGUUAUGGAACGUCAAAACCUCAUCGAUGAUUUUAAUGAGGACGAAAGUAUAGAUGUAUUUUUACUGAGUACAAAGGCUGGUGGAUUUGGUAUCAACUUGACCUCUGCAAAUGUCGUUGUGCUUUAUGAUUUAGAUUUCAAUCCCCAAAAUGAUAGACAGGCAGAGGAUCGUGCUCAUCGUGUGGGUCAAACAAAGGAUGUCCGCAUCAUUAAACUGAUUUCACAAGACUCUGUGGAAGAGUAUAUUUUAAAGAUGGCAGAUAUCAAAUUGCGUCUUGAUAAACGUGUAUCUUCCAAGGAAGGAGAUCCAGCUGAAAUGGACUUCGAAGAGGAAGACAGCGAACAACAGAAACAAAGUUUGCAAUCCAUGAUUCGAGAGGCAUUUAUUCAAGCUGAUAAACUUCAUCGUUAA